UGUUUUGUAAAUGGCUUUAUUAGUGUUAUUUGAUAUUUUCUCUCUCACCAUUUGUUGGGCUACAGGGUAGUCCAACUAUGUAAGACUUUUACUGAAUGGUCGUUUCUUGUCUCCAGGAAAAGAGAGGGAACAAAGCAUCCGAUAAAGCUGCUGUCUUGGCCUUUGAUGCCCUGGUGGCCUUCUGUGAAGAAUCGGGGUGCCGCCACGCUGCCAUUGCCAAGUACUUCGGGGAUGCGCCCCCCGCCUGCGCCAAAGGCUGUGACCACUGCCAGAACCCUGCAGCUGUGCGGAAGCAGCUGGACGCUUUGGAGCAGAGAAGCAGCUGGAGCAAGACCUCCAUUGGGCCCUCCCAGGGGAACGGCUUUGACCCUGAGCUGUAUGAGGGAGGCCGCAGGGGUUAUGGGGGCUUUAGCAGGUACGACGAAGGCUCUGAAGGCAGCGGGGAUGAGGGCAGAGACGAGGCCCACAAGCGGGAAUGGAAUCUCUUCUACCAGAAGCAGAUGCGCCUGCGCAAGGGCAAAGACCCCAAGACAGAAGAAUUCGUACCCCCAGAUGCGGACUGUCCCCUGAAAGAGGCUUCUAGUAGGAAGGUCCCCAGACUCACUGUGAAGGCCCGUGAGCACUGCCUGGGGCUCCUGGAGGAGGCUCUGAGCGGCAACCGCCAGGCCGCAGGUCCCACUGAUGGAUCUGACCUCCAGGCCAAGGCAGUGGAGCUGGAACACGAGACAUUCCGAAAUGCCAAGGUGGCCAACCUGUACAAGGCCAGUGUGCUGAAGAAGGUGGCUGAGAUCCACAGAGCCUCCAAGGAUGGGCAGCUCUACGAUGUGGGAGGUGGUGCCGGGAGCUGCAGCGCCCAGGCCGAGCCCCCAGAGCCCAGCGAGUAUGACAUCCGGCCGGCCUCCCAGGUGUACUCGGUGAGUGGCGUCCUGGUGUCCACCCCAAACCUGGGUCCAGGAAAGGCGCCACGGCCCCUUGCCUUCAGCGAGGGCACAGUCCUUGCUCUCCUGGCAUCACAGCCCUGGCCCUAGGGCGCCCCAGGGCAGGCCCUCGCACUUCCGUACUCUGCCAGCUACGCCUCUGCAGCCCCCAACAGCGCCUGUCUCGCCAGCCCGACCCCCAAGCCUUGUCCCGCCCAGC